CUCUAGAUCUCUCUCUCUCUCCCAUUUUCAUAGUUUGCUUUUUUAUAAUAUUUCUGUUCAAGAAAAAAAAUUAAAAUUUAAUGUAGAUUAUUUUUUGAAAUAGUAAAUAUUAUUUUAAUUUAACAAAGUGGACUAUAAAUUUUUCAUACACGGAUCGAGUCAGUAUAAAAUAGUCCGUAUAGCAUAUGACAGAGUAAUUGUAAUAUCAUACCAUAUGACAUAGUAAUAGUAAUAUCAUAUGUCACUUAGUGCAUUGCAGACGUAAGCUGUAAAACCAAAUCCAUAUGGCUUCAUAUCUUGAAUUCAUUUUGAAUCAAUUCCAUAUAUCACUAGUUUAGUUAAUUAGUUGACAGUAAUCAUUAACUUUCACCUCAAUUUAGGUGGUUAAGUAUGGAGUUCAAAUAUUGGGAGUUUGGCAAGAGCAUGAUCAAACCAGUGUUAUCAUUCUCUUUCUUGUUGAUCCCAAUCGGAUUGUCAUCAUUUCAGAAACUGGGAAUCGAAGCAGAAAUCAUUGUGACGGUGAUAAGGUCGUUCAUCCAGCUAUUGAUUCUAGGGUUUGUUCUUCAGUUCAUCAUCUUCAAUAAUCACACCAACAGCACUACCUCCAACUACUUGAUCAUGGCACUGUCUUACACAAUCAUGGUGUCCGUCGCCGGUUACACGUCCGGGAGACGAGCGAGAGGCAUUCCCCGCAGUGUUUACAUCGCGGGAGCCUCCAUCUUGGCCGGAACUUCUUCCACGAUGUUGUUCUUAGUGUUGAUAAAAGUUUUACCAUUUACUCCUCGGUACAUGAUCCCGUGUAUGGGGAUGAUGGUCGCCGGUUCCAUGAGAGUUACCGGCGUAACCAUGAAGAAUCUCCGGGAGGAAAUGAAGAUGCAAACGAACUUGGUGGAGACGGCGUUAGCGCUCGGGGCGACUCGACGCCAGGCCGCGGCGGCGCAAGUGAGGAGAUCGGUGGUUUUGGCGGUUUCGCGCCGGCUCGACUUCAUCAAGACCAUGGGAGUUGUCGUGAUUCCGGGCGCCGUGACCGGAAUCCUUUUGGCCGGUGGUUCUCCGUUUGAGGCUAUUCAGUUGCAGCUUGUGGUGGUGAGUUUCACGCUCGGGGCAACCACUCUCAGUAGUGUCAUUUCAACUUACCUUUGCAUGCCUUUUCUGUUUACAAAAGCUUAUCAAUUGCAAACCAAAGUAUUUUCUUCGGAGUAUUGAUGGUAGUUUUGAUUUUGUAAGAUUUCAAUUUAAGUUGAUUCUUCCCUUGUAGAUUAAUUCAACCGCAUUUUAGCAAAAUUGUCG